UAUGAAGUGCAAUGAUGAAGAUUAGAUUACGGUCCCUCGCGAGGAUUCUCACACCGAACCAUUGCAGUUUCGUUGAGGGACAAUGAUUGGAUUUUUGCUAUUCGGAUUGGUGUCCGCAUGUCGCAGUGAGUGCCUCAUACAAUGUGCUAUUUUUGUACAAAAAAAAAUUGCCAAAUAUUCUUGGGACUAGGAUUAUCAGACGAAAAAUGGUUGUCUUGAUCUGAGUGAAGCAUGCGAGGCAAUGAAUGCAACUCAUUCUGGGACUUAUCUUCCGUAUCCCGACGUUUGCAAUUGCUGCGAAUAUUGUCUCACGAAUAUUGUGGAGGGGGGCUCCUGUAUGACAGGCGCUCCAGGGAUGUUGCCCCCCACAGAUAUCUGCGGUCCCGGUUUAGCCUGUCUUCGACACGAUAAUGGGACAUCGACAUGUCAGAAAAUGGCUGCAUUCCCGAAUCCCUUAAGGAAAUGUUCUAAGGGCCAGAAAGAGUGGGAUCAGCGGAAAGCUGGCGGCCAGGCCGGUUUUCUCGAAGUACGACCCAAGUGCGAUGAUGAUGGAUUAUUCGCUCCUUUCCACUGCAUUCCAGGAUCAAUAUGUUACUGUGUCUCUCCGGACGGCGAAAGGAUUUUCGGCGAAUCUGCAUUUCUGAAUUCCGCGGAUGAAUUUAAAAUGACGUGCGGAUGUUCUAUAAAUGAUUGGAGAGCGCGAAAGACGAUAGAGAUCUCCCAUUGGGAGAAUCUAAAAAAACCAGUGUUCACAGCUCGAUGCACUGAACACGGCCUCUUUGAUCAAUUGCAAUGUAUGUUGGGAGAUCAUGCGAAGUGCGUAUGUGUUGACCCGAUACAGGGUCAUCCGAACACUCUAGUGAAGCCUGUGAACGUGGCAGAGAUCGCAGAAGGCCGUCCUUCUUGUUUUGACCCAAAGAGACACACACCCGGCAGUUUCACCACCGAUUGCGAAUACCUCAGGGAUAUAUCUUCACAAUUACCACUGGGCAGGACGCCGCCCCUCAUUAAUCCGGUUUGCCAACUCGAUGGGAUGUUCCACCGGGUGCAGACCUCGGGAUCAAAGAAAAUCUGCGUGGAUCCAUCAGGAAAUCAAAUCAGAUUCGAUGGAAUUAAUUUCGAAACCGGUGUUAAUUCAAUAGAAGCUAGUGCUAUGGAUUGCAAUUGUGCUCGAACCGUUUGGCUUUUAUCUCAAAGUGGAAUUGAAGAACUACCUAAAUGCUGUAGUUUCGGUAAUUUUGAACACUGGCAACAUCGACGCAAGCAAUAUUACUGUGUCGAUAGAAAUGGCGAUCAGAUUGGACUGGAAAGAGACGCCCCACAAGACUUGAAUUGUUAUAAACAAUAUAACGGGCAACCUUGCUCCAUACAGGAUUCAAAAUCAUCGUGAAUUAUUCAAUAAUAAAUAAUAAUAUUAGGGGUACCCAGCAAGCUCAUAUUUUUAUUAAACAUUUAGCUAAAAAAUAUAGAAA